GCCUAUAAUAUUUUUAUCACACAUUAAAAGAGGCACAUAGAAAAGCAUUGAAAUAUUGUCUAAUUAAUUUAUUGAAAUUAUUCAAGCUACCCUACCGACCUACGUUUACACGUCGUUAUGAGUACGUACGACCCUACUUGACUUGAUAGUAUUUUAUACUGUAACAGUUUCAACAGUACAGUACACUCAAACUACACUAGUAAAAAAAAGUUGGUAUGCCUAAGUAUUAAAUUAAAAUUAGUAAUGUUAUCAUACUACUACAGACUACAGUACAAUUACACUAUUAGUACCACUAUCUUUUAUAAUUAUAUUAUUAAUAUUUAUUAUUAUAACUUACAGUACUAGAUCUAGUACUAAGUACUAGAUAUUAUAUUAAAUUAUAGGCUACAUUGAAACUUAACUCUCACUGCUAGUAUUAGUAGACUUGAUAUACUGCUAGGCCUACUCUACUCUACUGUAACUGUAGGUCUACUCUAAUUUAGUACUAGAUCCAGUAGAGUUAUAUCUAGAUCUUGCACUACAAUGAGUACACAACUCACUCUCAGUGCUACCUAGUAGACUUGAUACUGCCAAUGUGAAAAAAAGGCCUUUGUGCCUACAAUUGUAACUGUUUUAUGAAUAAAUUUGAAUAAAUUUAAUCUAGUAGUAGAUCCAGAGUUAUCUUGCACUUCAUUGACCACACAGCACACUACCACACUACUACAUAAAGAAAAAAAGGUCAGUAGGUGUACCUUCCCUUUGGUAAGGAUCAUAUUUAGGUUCUGACAUAACAGCUCCAAACAUGUUUGUGCCUCGAAUAUGUAGCUGCCUGCUCCUAUGUUUACUGACUGCAUCUCAUCUUCAUGCUGCUAAAGUAGUAUCUACAUUCAAUAUUGACUCUGAUCCAUUGCCUAGUGUAUUGACAAAAGAUGAAGUAACUAAAGUUAAACUCGGCUACACAUUAGCAGAAGGUGAUUGUCCAUGCAGCAAUCCAAAAUGGUGUGAGCCUAUUGUAGAUGUACCUGAAAAGGAAGUUUUUGCAUUCUCAAUAAGAAAUGACCCCAGCCACUGGGCACGUUUUGAUUGGUCUAAGCUUACCACGGUUGUUAUGUUUGGAUACCUCAAUGAGUCACUGAUGUGUCUUGCACAUUCUUUCAAUGUCAGGGUUGUGUUACUAGGGGAUAUUGAUGUCGCAACAUUUACAGAUCCAGGGAAAAGGCAGUUAUGGAUUCUAAAUCAGCUGGUGUUAGUUAAAAAUAAUUUUCUGGAUGGAAUUAAUUUUGAUUUUGAAGGUGAGGUUGCCGCUAAUGACUCCACUGUAAGAGAUGCCUAUACCACGCUGGUUAAGGAGGCCAGUGAAUAUUUUAAAAAAGAACUACCCCAUUCACAGAUCAGUGUUGAUGUUGCCUGGAAACCAAACGUAGAUAUACGUUAUUUUGAUUAUAAAGGCCUGGCAGAAUAUGCAGACAUAUUAUUUGUUAUGGCUUAUGAUGAACAGAGCCAGAUUUUGGGAGAAUGCAUUGCAGGACCUAAUUCAGCCCUUGCGUCAGCUAGUAAUGGUCUUGAAGCCUACCUCAAUGGGUAUGAUAAAAAAAUACUUGCCAACAAACUAGUACUGGGAGUACCUUGGUAUGGCUAUAUCUACCAAUGUAUCAGCCUAGUAGGGGAUAAGUGCUACAUACAGGAAGUGCCUUUUCGUGGUGUCAACUGCAGUGACGCAGCAGGUAAACAGUUUGACUAUGGCUACAUUUAUAAACUUCUUCAGACCAUGCCAGGAAAUUACAGGUGGAAUGCAACAUCAUCAACUCCUUAUAUAACAGUUCCAGGUACAUCAAGUGCUCAGGCUUAUCAAGUUCAGUUUGAUAACCCGCAGAGUUUGAAGUUAAAAUAUGAUCUAGCCGCAUCACUUGGAUUGCGCGGGGUAGGAAUGUGGAAUAUUGACUCUUUGGAAUUUACUGAUUCAGACAUUGAUACAAAAAUUAGAAGUGAUAUGUUUGGAGCUCUUCCUUCAAGAGAAUCAAAGAAGAUUCAUAGAACCAAACCUAACCCUACAGGUGGUGUGUGUCCUUGCAGUAACCCUGCUUGGUGUGAACCUAUUAAAGACAUCAACAGAACCGAGGUCUUUGCUUUCUCCACUGUAAAUGAUGACAAAAACUGGAAUCAAUUUGACUGGUCCAAAAUAACAACAGUUUGUAUGUUCAACUAUGUGAACAUAUCUCUUAUGUGCUUGGCUCAUUCGCACAAUGUUAGAGUUGUUAUCAAUGGAAACUUUGAUGAGAAAACCAUGCUUGAUCCCACCUUGAGGCAACAAUGGGUGGCCACUCAACUACAAACUGUCAAGGAUAACUUUUUAGACGGCAUCAAUUUUGAUUUUGAAACUGGUGUCAGUCCAUUACAGAAGAACAUAAGCAACGCCUACACUGCUCUUGUGAAAGAAACUUACCUUGCGUUUAAACAAUCUUUACCUUACUCUCAGAUAAGCAUAGAUGUGAUAGACAAUGCAUACAGCACCUAUCGUGCAUAUGAUUACAAAUCACUUGCUCAAUACUCAGAUUUCUUUUUCAUAAUGGCUUAUGAUGAAAGUGGACCAAAUCAUGUUGGUCCUAAUUCCUACUAUGACCAGGCUUAUAAUGCUAUCAAAUCCUUUGUAGAAGAUGGUAUCUCUGCCAGAAAACUUGUGCUAGGUCUACCGUGGUAUGGUUAUGUCUAUGAGUGUUUUAUUCUAAUUGAGGAGCUGUGCAUUCACAAACCAGGUUCAAGCAAUCAGUUCAGCUACUCCACCAUUUAUUAUAUUCUCAAGAAUGUGCCCAAUGCCUACAGAUGGAACUCUGUGUCAUUGACUCCAUUCUUCUCAUAUAAAGAUUCCAAAACCAACAAGAUUUACCAAAUUCAGUUUGAUGAUCCGAAAAGCUUGUCUUUAAAGUACAAACUUGCUGCAUCAGAAGGUAUUAGGGGUGUUGGAAUGUGGACCAUAGAUUGUUUGGACUACUCUAACUCCCCAGAUGCUAGGGAGAUGAGGGCAGCCAUGUUUGGUUGUCUCCCUGGUGUUGAGGAUUUGAAAGAAUCAAGUGAAGAAAAAGACCUGGAGCCUGGACUAAUUGCUCACAAGGAAAUUGACAUAGAACUUUCUAAAGCUCCAACAGCAAAAUGUCCUUGUAAAGAUGAAAGCCUGUGUGAACCUAUAAAAGACACAACAAGAAAAGAGGUUUAUUUUUUUUCUAUAUCAAAUAAUGCAAGUCACUGGAGUAGAUUUGAUUGGGCAAAAAUAACAACAAUCUGCAUGUAUAAUUAUGUUAACCCUGAACUGAUGUGUUUAGCUCAUGCACACAAUGUUAGAGCUGUUGCUCUAGGGGUAGUAACUGAGGUCAUGAUGAUUACUCCUGAACUUCGGCAACAAUGGGUGACCCAGCAGUUACAAAUAGCGAAGGACAACUUUUUAGAUGGGCUGAACUUUGACCUUGAGAUAAACAUAAGUCCAGAGCAGACAGACUUGAGGGACGCUUACACUACAUUGGUCAAUGAGACAACGCAAGCUUUUAAAAGAGAACUUCCAUAUUCUCAGAUAAGCGUAGACGUACAAGCUGACGCCUACACCGUCUCCAGGUCGUAUGACUAUGUAGCUCUGUCUAAGAUUGUUGACUUCUUGUUCAUCAUGGCCUAUGAUGAAAGUGGUUUUGAUGUUGUAGGCCCCAACUCCGAUGUCCCAGAUACAUUGAAAGGAAUUGAUCAUUAUUAUCAAGAACAGAUAACUGCUAACAAAUUGGUGUUGGGGUUGCCAUGGUAUGGCUAUAUCUACCAGUGUGAGAAAUUAGUUGGAGAUAACUGCUACUACAAUAAUUCUAAUGAGCUCUCAGCAAACAAAGCCAGGCAAGUAGAUUAUAGAACCAUCUACACACUCUUGAAGGCCAGACCUGAGAAAUAUCGCUGGAAUGCCACAGCUGAAACUCCUUACUUCUCUUACACUGAUUUAACAACAAAUGCAUCAUAUCAAGUUCAGUUUGACGACCCUGACAGUUUGAUGAUUAAAUACAAACUGGCUGCAGAGUUAGGUCUUCGUGGCAUUGGGAUAUGGACUAUUGACUUUUUAGACUAUUCUGAUACACCCGAGGGCUUGGAUAUGAGAACAUCCAUGUUUAAUGCUCUCCCUUAUGUGAACCCAUAUGUGGUGUCUGAUGCAGGGCUGAUUGAUGUGGACUAUACAGCUAUUGAUGAGCCUGAGUUUGAAAUAGAUGAUGUGAACAUUAGUCCUUACUCUGCAGAAGUGAGAGCUCCAGUCUAUGACACUGAUACAGUUGCAUUCAGUGACUGCCCUUGUAGUGACCCAAAACUUUGUGAAAGUGUUAAAGAUACUGACAGGCAGGAGGUUUUUGCUUUUUCAAUUUCAAAUGAUGAGAAUAAUUGGAAGGGAUAUGACUGGUCAAAAAUAACUACAAUUUGCAUGUUCAAGUAUCUAAAUUCAAGCCUAAUGUGUUUAGCACAUUCACACAAUGUCAGAGUUGUCAUUCUUGGUGAGGUUACAAAAGAAAUUAUGAUGUCACCUCAGCUGAGAAAAGACUGGAUCUCCAGUCAAUUACAAAUAGUCAAAACAAACUUCUUAGACGGUCUUAACUUUGACUUUGAAGGAUCUGUAUCUCCCCACGAAGAUCAAAUUGCUGAAGCUUUUACUUCCCUUGUUAAGGAAACUAAAGAAGCCUUUACUGCUGAGCUACCCUUUUCUCAGAUCAGUGUUGACGUUCCAUUUGCAGCAUCAUUACCAGACAGGGCUUAUGACUACCAAGGUUUGGCCCAGGCUGCAGAUUUUCUCUUUAUUAUGGCUUAUGAUGAGCAGUCAGCAACCACUGGUGGAAACAUUGCUGGCCCUAACGCUGGCUAUUCAAUAACUGAAAAUGGACUGCUCAGUUAUAUGAUGGGUCCAGGUUGCCAGAUAAGCUCUAAUAAACUUGUGCUUGGGUUACCCUGGUAUGGGAAAAUUUACCAGUGUACACAACUGGUUGAGGAACAAUGCAUAUUUGAUGAAACAAGUGGGGUGGAAUAUAUGAACUACACUGAAGUUCAAGAUGUUUUGGAAACUAUGCCAGAUAAAUUGAGAUGGAACUCAACCACUUCCACACCUUACAUAACCUUUCAGAAUCCUGAAACACAGGUGAGGUACCAAGUCCAUUUUGAUAAUGUCCUGAGCCUGACGCUCAAACAUAAGUUGGUGAUGAAGUAUGGUCUUAAAGGUGCUGGCAUGUGGACCAUUGACUACAUUGAUUUUUCAACCACAGAGAAGGGAGAAAGGAUGAGGCAGGAAAUGUUUGGUGUUUUUAAUUAAUAUUUUUUUGGCAUCCACAAAGUCAUUUGAAGGAAAGCUACUACAAAGUAUGGAUGUAGCUUUUUAAUAUAUAGCACUAUUUUAUAUAUCUAUAUAUGAAUUGUAAUUUUUUAAAAGUAAGCUAAUAAAAUCAUUUUUAAUAAAAAGAAAUAGAAUAAACCUUUUUAACUCAGUAUUUGAAGAGCAUACAUUUUUAAAACUGUUUAAGUUGGAGGUUGAAUCAGAUAAGAUUUUCUUUUUUUUACAUGUUUUAUAUUUUUUCAAGGACCAGUUCAGAAGUUUUUUUACAUUUUAAAGUGGUGCAUACAUGAACUUUCCUGGCUGUGUUUGUAUUAAAGUCCUGCUGUUGUGAUUUAUAAAGUACAAGUGGGCCCUCCUUGUUGAAUGCUUUGUAAAUUCUGCACAAAAUAUAUCCAAACUGUGAUGAAAACACUGAAAUGUUUAUGAUGUUAAUGCUAUUAAUAUUAUUUAUUUCUUGUACAUUUUUAUAACUGAGAGCAAUACUUCUAAUUUUAUUUACAUAAAGUUGUUUUUUUUAAACUCACUGCAAAAUUUAAAUAUUUUAUUCAAUAUAUUACAUUCCAAUACAAAGUAUUCCUUGUGUUUGAUUUUUUAAAUGUGAAGAGAAUCCAUUGAUCAAAGUAAAUAUAUUUUUUUAAAGUACUUGACUUUUAUUUUUACUACAUACUACUUCUAAACUUUAAAGAAUAUCUUACAAACAAAAAAAAAAUGAAAUAAUACAUGUAAUAAAUGUAUAAUAUCCAGUCAAAAAAAUGUAUACUAAUUUAGACAUGACAUGAUGAAUCAGAGAGUCGAGUUUGGGCAGUAACUGAAUCAGGUUAGGGAAAGUAAAAACAGCUAAACAUACAACUGACCACACUGUCCUUUCAUAUAUAGAAACUGAAGAGCUCUACCGCAUCUUCCCUAUUGAUAGCCAGGUUUAAAAAGAUAACUACAAAUUUUUACUUAAAUAGAAAUACAUUAAGUAUUUUAAAGUCACAUUAAAAAUAUGAAUAAUGAAAAUAAUUUACUGAAUAUAAAGCUAAGUAACAGUGUAAUUUCAAUUUAAAAAAAUAGAUAUACUACUAAAGGCUACUCAGAAAUAAAUAAAAUAAAGCAAAAAUAAUAACUAAAAUUAUUUACUUUUAUUGGUGUUCAAUUGUUUACAUUAGCAACUGAAUCUUAAUGUGUAAUGAGGCAAUUGGGAAAACAAAUGACAAUGACAGUAUGCAGAGUAAAUUGGUAAAUUCCCAUUUCUGAACCAUCAUAACUAACACAUUUAUACUCACUUGUAUAAAAAAAACUAAAUAAAACCAUUACCAUACAAUGUUAAAACAUUUUUUUUUUAAAUUCUUUUGAGACCAGUAAUAUUUUGUAAGACAAUUGAACAAUAAAUUGCAUAACCCAAAUGGAAUAAAUAACUAAGUAAAAGACAAAUAAAUGACACCCUGUUACAAUCUGCAAGAAUAACAAUUAAUUUUUCCAAAAAGAUGAGUUACAGUAUUUAUUAACAUUUUAUUUUACAUUGCUUGUUCUAGCAAUCCUUUCAAUGUAACUUAAAAGCCAAUAUUUUUUACUAUUAAAUCUAAAGAAAGAAAUGUAUCUUCUUAUUUUAAGUGCUUUUAAAUUCUAUUUUUAUACCUAUUUUUAUGUUUGUUUCAUUUUAUCAUUAAAUAAUUGAAAUAACUUUUAAUUAAAAAAACUGUGUACCCUAGUUUGAUCAUCCAACAUUGGAAAGUUAAAGAAUCAAAUUUAUAAGAAUUAAUAAUUAAUAUCAACAAUUUUGGCGUAACAUUUUUUAAAAUUUAAAGUCUCUAAAGAUCAGGUUUUUACUAGUUAUCUAAAACAGAUAUUGAUUUUCAACACUUUCAAAGUAAGAGAAACAAUAAAAGUUAGUAUGUUCAGUAAGAUUGUCAUUGAAGACGGCAACAUUUGAAAAUGUAUUAAAAUAUUUACAUGUAUUUACAUUUAUAUAACGUUGUUAGGAGGUCUUUGAGUGAAAAAAUUAUGAAGUUACAAUUAGAUACCAUAAUUUCUAAAAAAAUAAUCUAAUGUUAGUUUUCCUGUUAUAAUGUGAAAAUAAUCUUAUAUAAUCUGGCAACCAAAGUUAUGAAUAAUACAACCAUAUUGUUACCAUUAUGAUAAUCAUUACCAACAGUAGUUCAGAAUAGAAGCUACCUUGCUUUUGUUACUAAGUUCAUAUCCUGAAUCAAAAAAAGCUAUUACAAUACCAAA